CGCUCAGUUUGCCCUUAUCUGUCAAAAGUGACAGCAGUUCAGAGAAUCAGAUUGCAUAAUUCGAUCGUAGAUUCUUCUAUGAUUCCAGGGACGCAAUGGCGCACUGGUUUCACCGCAACGUGUUGAAAGCGACGACAAACGAGAAGUUCGAGCUAAAAAUCGCGAAUUCCACAGACGCCACCAGGAAGCUCUGCAGUGAUUUGAAGCUGUCAAGAGCCAGACUUUUGGAUUUGAUAAAAAAUGCAAACAAUAGUAGUGACAGCAUAAAUCCUGCAUUCCUUAGUUAUCUCAGCUUGUUGUAUGGAUUCUUGUGGGAAAUUAGGUCUUCGGAGGAAGAAGCUCAACAUGUUGGCAGACCAGAUCCUAGCAAGCUCAGAAAUGUUCUUGUAUUUGCAUGGACUCACACAUUGCUUGGUGGAAAUACAUACUCUGCUGCAGAUGCUGUUUACGAAGCAGCCAACAUGAGUGUUAACAUAGGGCUCUGGUUCAUGAAGCAUGCAGCAAUGAUUGCAGCAAAGGAUGACAUAACAAUGAAUGAGGCCAAGGAUGUGCACGGUAUGUUGAGAAGAGCAGCUGGUAUAUUUACCUUCGUUCAAACUGAGUUUUUGCCACAAUUGAGUAAACCACCUCCCUUGGGAAGCGACUUAGAUCCUCGUGUGCUGAACGCAUAUGUCAAUCAAUGUACAGCAGAAGCGCAAGAAGUGACAGUUGCUAGAGCGGUGGAGCUUAAACACAAUGCCAGCUUAAUAUCAGCUUUAGCCAAUGAGACCAGUAAAUUAUUCUUGGAUGCUGCUAACACUCUUUGUCCGUUCAAGCCGGAAAUAUCUGCUCAAUGGAUAAAAUAUUUGGAAUUUAAAGCAGCAUUUUAUCAGUCUUAUGCUUAUAACUAUUGUGGUGAAAAUUUAUUAGCAAUGGAUAAGUGCGGCGAAGCGAUACGCGCGAUGCAAGAAAGCGAAUCCUGUUUGAAGAAAGCGAAAGCGCUGUGUCAGGAAUAUGCGAAGACCAACGGACCAGCACCUCGUGUUAAACCAGAUCAACACGCUGUGUUCCGACGUUUAGCGCCAAUAGUAAAACUCACUCUCGACAAAUGUAAUCGAGAAAACAGUUUAAUCUAUCAUCACACAAUACCGGGAGAAGUUCCAGCUUUGGAUAAGAAAGCUACUUACGGUUUGGUCAGUCCAAUUGACUUCCAAAUGCCGUCACCGAGCUCCACUUGGAACUUGAACACUUACAGAGUGUUAACCGGAGUGAUGCCAGCGAAACCAAAAAAGGAGCAAACUCUGCCGCCAGUUAAAGAAGAAGCAAUUCACCAAAGUAAUAAGGAACCGAAAAACGAGAGCGGUUGCGUAUUACAAUAAGGCUUUUCAUGCAAUAACGUAGACUGCAAAUGCUUUUUCUUCUUCAUCGUUACAGUGAUAUUAACUUUAAUUGCGAUAGACAUGUGUGGGUUGUGCAUUUAAGAUAGUUCAUGUGUAUUUCACACACACAUAAGUACAAAUUGUGUUGUGAAACAAUAAUUAAAUUAGAUAACUAGCUAGAAAAAACUGCA